CCUGUUUCAUGUUAUAUCAUUUUCACACUUUUUCAUACCAUUCAAGUGAUCACCCUCAUCUAUGUUUUAGGAUUAUUUAGUUUGUUCAUUUUCAAGGGGUGAUGGAUGCACAGGGGCCAAACAAGACAUUGUGGUAUUCAGAAGGAGAUCCUCAGCUUCCACAUUCUCAUCUCAACGCUGUGAUUGGAUAAUCGGACGGAAGCAGGAUCCCUGAAGUGUUGGGUCAUCUUACAAAAGAUGUUUUCCAUUGAAUUUUAAGGCGAGAACUCGGUAUUUGCUCACACUGGGACAGACGUACGCAGGAGUGACAAGGAUUAGGUGGAGAGUGGGGACACCAGUUGCUUUAGGACGGUGCUUUUGAUCCUGUUGAACAGAUUUUUGCUCCUCUGGCUGAAGUCUUCUCACGACUUCUCUCUCUGACCAGGCUGUCAUGGAGAUUUCAGAUGUCAACUCCUCUCUGCUCUUCAUCUCUCAAAGACCCCUCAGCUACAAUCUCAACGAAAGUGAGAAGACGCUGUAUGAGAAAUGCAGAGACACGCAUGGUUUUCUCAUUUGGUACCUGUGCCUGCAGUUCAUUAACAUGUUUCUGGGCAUCCCGGCCAACGUCAUGGUGCUGUGGCUCAUCCGUAAGAACAAGGGUGACUCCUCCACCUCAGAUAUCUUCAUUAUUAAUCUGGCGGUUUUGGACAUACUUUUCUGUCUCACCCCUCCCCUUGAGCUGGCCAACAUAGUCUUCCUCCCCACCACCAGUAGGAACUGGCUCAUCCUGUUCUUCUUCUACGGCAUGAAAGACUUCUCGCCUCUCUUUCUCUCCUGCAUCUGCCUGGACCGCUACAUGGCCGUGAUCCACCCCAUCACCUUCACUGAGCUGAAGGACCGUCACCACCGAGCAGUCCUGGCCCUAGUAGUCUGGCUGAUCAUUCUGGCCUACUCUGCUGCUAAAUGUGUAAACACCAGUGAGAACUUCAGCAUGAUCUUUUUGGUGAUGAUCCUUGUAACGUUCGCCUUCAUGGUGUUCUGCAACAUUGCAAUCCUCUGGGCACUGCGGCAGUCUGGGCCCGGAAGAGACGAGAUGCAUCCUGUGAAGAAGAGAGCCUUCAAGAUGGUCCUCAUUAUCCUGGGCAUCAUAGUGUUCAACUACUUCCCACCUGUUGCACUGUUCCCCUUCCGUGGCUACUUCACUAAAGACGUGUUUCAUUGCACCAUACACCAUAUUGCAUUUGGCCUGAUGGACUUCAGCAGCAGCAUUCAGCCUCUGCUCUAUCUGUCCAAGCUGCCAUGGAGCCUUAACAUCUGCCAGAGCAGAGAUCUCCAAAUCCAAUAGGGAAACAUUUUUUUAUGUGCUGCAAAAGUUUUCAUAUGAACUCACCGAUGUUAUGAAAUUUAGGAGAAUGUUAUUUAUAUGCUGUGAACUGCCAGCAGCAAAUUAGCUUAGCACAAAGAUUGGAAACAGGGGUGAACAACUAGCCUAGCUCUGUCAAACGGUAACAAAAUCCACCAACCAAAUGACACGAGAGUGGCAUUGAUCUUCUCGUUUAACUCUCUGCUAAAAAUCAAAUAAGUCUAAAAAUCUAUCUGUUUGGGCUUGUGUUUGUAUUUUGGAUGAACUGAUCUUUUAAAGUGCCGUAUAGCUGAAAAUUUCAGUCAUAAAAUGCAAUCUUCAAGCACUUCCACUCUAAGUAAGACCAGCUAGUCUAAUCUGUUUUGAUUGUUGUCUGUCAAAGCAUCACUAUUUUACUAGUACAAUAACAUAAUCCAGUAUCUAAGAGCUUUAUGGACAGAGAGGUACCUUAUUGACUUGUACAUGUAGCACAAUUGUUUCUUGUUGAAUGGGACAAACUCCUUGGCCAAUGGUACUGACCGGAGAACCUAACAUGUUUUUAAUGGUGGUAGAAACCGGAGCACCCACAAAAACGACCUGCAAACUCCACAGAGAAAGGCCUGGGACGACCGGGGUAUGAACCCAGGACCUUCUUGAAGUGCAGCCCAUUGUGUCUAACUAUAUCUGAAUUGGUGGUUACUUUAUGCUUCAGGGAUACUACGGUUGGAACCACAGGCACUUAUCUAUACACUGUGUUGUAUUUGCUUUUAUGGUUGCACAAAAUGUUGGGGGGGGUAUGUAAUCCCAUUUUACAUUGGGCGAAAGGCAGGGUACAUCCUGGUCAGGUCGCCAGUCAAUCACUGGCACUGAAUGUAUGUGAAUGUCUAUUUUGUAUUUUAGUGAACAUAUAAAAAAAUUUUUUUUCUUGAA